GGCGACACCUACCUCUGCUUAACGAAACAUCCGUUCUUUAAGGAUAAAUUCGAAGCACUCAGACAAGUCGUGCCAGAAGCAGAGCAGACGUAUAUCGUGGGUUGGGAUACGGCAUUGCGGAUACUGGACCCAAAGUACUAUCCUGACCGUGACCUAGCGACUGCGCUUGGCUCCUUCUUUGAAAAGGGGAAGCUGCUCUGUGCUGUACGAGAGGAUGAAACAUGGGGAGAUGCAUUAACUCAGCGCAAACAUAUGGAAGCAAUUGCCGCUGGUGCAGUAGACGGUGUGCCGGCCGGCUGGUCACAGAAUAUGGCGCUCCUUGAACUGCCACCGGAUGAUGCGCAUGGCGUUUCUUCAACAAAAAUUAGGGAAGCGCUCAAGACUGGUGACCAAGCGCUACUCAAGCGCAACUUGACUCCUUAUGUAUUGGAGGCACUGCAAUCAGACUCAAAGCAAGUGGACCUUCUUCCAUGGCCAACGCUUACACGGCAGGAUGUGAUGCGGUGUAGCUUCUCUCAUUGGCAUCCACGAUUCAAAUCCGUGUCACCACGCGCACGCGUCAUCAAGCCAUUGCCGCUGCCCUUUUUGCACUACCUCAAUGAAGAUGGUCUGAUGCUACCACAGGAUUCUGGAGUGAAGCGAUUUCAUGAUCUGUCCGACUCGGAGAGUGAAUUUGAGGAUGAGGGGUUUGAAGAGGAAGAUCCAACAGAUGCAUUCAAGGCAUUACACACACUCAUUGCCUCUGAAGUUGCUGCAUUGGGUGGAUCCGUCGUACCAAAGCUCAACUGGUCAGCACCGAAGGAUGCAGUAUGGAUCACAGCAGACAAGACUCUCAAGUGCACAGAGCCAAGCGACAUCUACCUCCUCCUCAAGAGUUCUGACUUUAUCGUGCACGACCUCGAGCACGCAUUUGACUACUGUUCUGGAGAAGUUUCACCCUUGGCAGCUGAAGAACACGAGCUCGUCCUCAAAAAGUGGUUCAAUGCACAGCCUUCGAUGGAGUUCCGCUGUUUUGUGCGCGACAAGCACUUGGUGGCCAUCUCACAGCGCGACAUUAAUCAUUAUGACUUUUUGGAGAGUCAGGCCGUCCAGAUUGCAAAGUUGAGUGCACGACUAUUUCAGGAACACUUGCAGGACAAGUUCGAGAGUGAGCACUAUGCGUUUGAUGCAUACAUUUCAGUGGCGCAGGAUAAGGUCUGGCUUAUGGAUAUCAGUCCCUGUGCGCCCAGCACCGAUGCCCUCCUCUUUUCAUGGCAGGAGUUGCUCGCAUUACCAACAAAUACUGCUGCAGGCCCAGAGAUUCGAUUCGUGAGCAAAGACACUGUGCUCUCACAAGGUCCACAGUAUUCUGCACAUCAGGUACCCUUUGACUUGAUUGAUGCGAGUGAAGGUGUGGAUGUGGCAGAGUUUGCAAGGUCCUUUCAAACAAAACUUGCGUCGGCUGCUUUGGACUAGUGAUGACGUUCUUGCUUGUCUUGGCUCAGGUGACGGUAUUGUGCUGCUUCUGGCAUCCACCAAGGUCCGACUUGUGCUUCUUCCCGUGGUGUGGAUGGAGUUGGAACAUCGCUUCCAAUUGAUUGAAUGGAAGAGCUUGAUGUGCGCCUCUUGUACUGGAUUUGGUGGGCAGCCUUGGACGAGAGCAUCAUGGAAGCAUAUGUCAUGCUUGCUGGCUUGAUGCGCUUUGAUGGAUGAUCAGAAACAUGGGUGCGAGCCGGACCCUUUUAUAUGCCCGACUGACCACUUGUGGCGUGAUGUCGCGUCUCACAACAAAAACAAGCGUGACGCGACUAAAUGAGGAAGCAUGCGCUAGCAGUCUAGCACUAUGGGUUCUUUGCCGUAUACUAACGACGCGCAAGACAAGUUCGCUGCGCAUUAAUCUCCUGAUUAGUUUGAUC